AAAUUUUACAUUUCUUAUUAAUGUAUUACCUUGAUCUGAAAAAUGACAUAGAAAACAAGAAGGUAUCACAUUUCAAAGUUAUUCACUCUGAAAUUCUCCAAAGAUUCGUCUAUUGAAAAUGUUACACUUGAAUUUAUGAGUGAGUUAAAAGUGUGUCGAGUACAAAUUUGAGAUCAUACGUCUCGGAUUGAUGUUACAUGAACUUCAGAGCUGGUACAGGAAAUGGAGGUUUGGCGAAGGGAAACGAGUUGAUUUAGUUCUUAUUGGCCCACCGGGUAGUGGUAAAGGAACACAAGCCAUAAAAAUUGCUGAGCGCUAUAAAAUUUGCCAUCUUUCAACUGGUACGCAGUCACGCAUUUAACGAACUUUUGCAGAACUUGGUAUGAAGAUCAAAGGAAUAACAGAGUCUGGAGGACUUGUAUCGGAUGACAUAGUGUGUGGCUUGAUUGCUGAAAAGAUCGACUCUCCAGAGUGUAGAAAAGGAAUGCUUCUAGAUGGAUUUCCACGGACUUUAGAACAAGCCCAGAAACUUGAAAAAUUACUUGGAGAGCGUCAAGUACGAUUGCUGUCUGCUUUGGAAUUCAAGGUUGAUCCCAGUGUAUUGGAAAAACGUAUAUGCGGUAGACUAUUUCAUCUAGCUAGCGGUAGAUCAUACCACGAAUUGUAUAAUCCUCCGAAAGUUCCAAAUAUUGAUGAUAUCACUGGUGAUCGUCUUGUUCGUCGUCCUGAUGAUCGACCUGAGGCUUUAAAAAGGCGUCUCUUUGAAUAUGAGAAAAACUCAGCUCCCGUUCUAAGCUUCUACAGAUCCAGAAAUAAACUGAUGCGAAUAAAUGCAAGUCAAGAUGUUGAGAAAGUCUUUGAAGAUAUUCAGAAAUGCAUUAAUGAGAGGAUGUCUCAUCCACGUUAA